AAGACAGUGAGGCAGCUAUUAUAUUCAAUAUAGUGUAAUGAAUGUGCAUUGUAUUCACAUUGAGAACAAGUGUUGAUCGUAUUUAGAUAGUGAGCAUAUGAUUCUGCUAUACAUCCUAAAUGUACAAUGGGAGUCUGAGUGUCUGAUAGAGAAAUUAAAAAAUACAUCCUCCUCAACAAUAUUUCAAUGGUUGUAUUUUCAAUUAUACUGUUACGCAAUUGACCGACUUGGCCUUGAAGCGAAUUGUGUGAUGCACAAAGUUGGCAAUGUUUUUCUUAAUUCAAAUGUUAAAGAAUGAUGGAGACAAUGCUGCGAUUGCUAUUCAUCGAAAACUACCCUUUGUAUAUGUUUAACAUCUUAAGAAAAUAAUUGUACAAAAAUAAGUUAACAAUGACAAGAUUCUGGUCAUUCUGAGAGUAUAAAUACAGGAACAUUUCGAGAGAUUUUCAUUCGAUUCCUGAGAUCAACGAAGACAAGUUUUGCGAUUUUCUUAAAAGCUUCAUCAACGAAAAAUCUUCAACAAGAUGGCCAUUAUGACUCAUCUCACACUUUUCAUCACCAUUUCUGUAAUGGCAAUUACCGGCGUGCACUCGCAGAUGCUGGGUGCCAAGUCCCAGAUCUUCGAGGUUAUGAAACAAUCGUGUGGACUCUACCAGAAGGAACUCAGGGAGGAAGGGCCAACAUGCAACGUCGAAUUCAUGAACGAAUUCGUGGACGAGCUGGACAACAUCGAGUACGUACCGGUCAACCGUCUCGAUGCCGACCAGGUCGAGGACCUCGCCGAGGCUUACGUCAACCAGGCAGAAGGACGGGUAAAGGGCAGGCAUCUUUGUUUUGAGAUGACCGGAGAGAAAAUUACCAGCGGAUGUCAGCUGAUGGAGGGCGUGUGUACGUAUUACAGAAACGUCAUCCACUGCCUACAAAAUGGAGGUCAACCUGCUGUCCCCACGGCCGCCCCUACCAAUCCACCUGUCUUUAACACGACUCCGCCUCCCAUUACUGCAUAGUCAUAUAUGCAGUGGCCUGGUGCUACGCUAGGAAAACACCAAUCUUGUAAGUUCAGUCUAUAUCAUCAUCGCCCUAAUUAUCUCAGUCUUUAGUAACAUUAUUUUGGUAUGCAACGUCAUUAUCAGCGGCGCCUUCAUCAUCAUCAUCAUCGACAUCCAUGUCAUGGACAUCAUCAUGUCGUGGUUAUGUAAUUCAUCGUUAUCACUGGCAUCGUCAAAAUCGUCCUCAUCGUUGAUAGUGGUAUAGACAUCAGCAUCAUCAUCGACAUUAUCCUCAUGGAUGGACAGCAAUAUCGUCGUCGUCAUGUAAUUCACCGCUAUCACUUACAAUCAUUGACACCAUAAAAAAAAAUCGUCCUCAUCGUCGACAGUGGUAUGGACAUCAUUGGCAUUAUCAUCACUAUCGUCUUUGUCAUCAUCAUCAUCAUCAUCAUCGAAAUCCGUGUCAUGGACAGUAUCAUCAUCGUCGUCGUCGUCAUGAAAUUCACCGUUAUUGCUUACAAUUAUUUGCAAAUCGUCCUCAUCGUCGACAGUGGUGUGGACAUCAUCAUUACCAUCGUCAUCGUAGUUAUAAUCAUCAUCGUUGUCAUCAUUGUUUAUCACGGAUAGCAUCAUCGCCAUCAUCAUGUGGAGCAUUAUUAUCACUAAAAAAAGUCGGCAUCAUCAUCAUCAUCACCUCAACUGUCGUGAAUUGUGAGGGCAUUAUCAUCAACAUCAUUGGUGUCACUGUCAGCACAGUUACUGUAUCGUCUUGAAACUCAUCAUCAUUUUCUUUAUCAACAUCGCUGUCAUCAGCAAGAUCGUCACAGAUCUUCGUCUACUGAGACAUGAUUAUCUCAUUCAACCACCACCAUCGUCAUUGUUACUCGUUAUCUUUCCAAAAUGGUAUUUGGGGUAGGUAAAGGACUAUCGUUCAUAUUGAAUAUAAUUCAAGUUCAGUUUAUUGUUUUUUUUCUUUCUUAUUUUGAAACAUUUAUACGACUAUUUAAGAAAUCUACAAUAAUGCAUUCCAUUUGUGCUGACGGUCAUAAUGACGGGAAAAGCGGUUCGAACAAAAAUAAACUACAACCAACUCCACCGAGAACAGACGGGGCCCUUUGCAGAGAGUUUCCUUUGAUCAGAACUUAAAAAAAAAAAAUCCAUCGAAAGUCAUCAGUACGCAUACCAUGGUCCCGUCUUACAAAGAGUUGUGAUAGAUCCGAUCAAUCUUAACUAUAUGGAAAUCCGUCAUUGUCAUAAUUAUCAUCCAGGAAAUUUGCUCAGUAUCAUUUUUAAACAAAGAGAAGCACACUGAACUGUUCAACACAAAGAUGGAUGUACGAGUAUACGUCAUAUCAAGAUUUUUUUUAGCAAAUAUGUAUUUUAGAUUUUGACGUUGCCGGCUUUCCAUAGUCGUAGUUGAUUGGAUCGAUCGUAACUCUUAGUAAGACGAGGCCCUGGUUGGCAUAAAAUCAAGUUGCGUUUGAUUGCAAUUUUAUAAAACAGGCCCCAUAAAUAUUUCCUCAAAAUCAUAAGAUUCAAUUUCUGUUAUUUUCUCGUUUAUUCAUGUUUGUUUGAAUACAUUCUAGUGAUUUUGUGUUAAGGUGCCUAAUUGCAUAAGUAAGUUAAUAUUUCAAAAGUAUCGUUAGAAUCCGGCAAAAUUAUAUACGACAUUAUUAUGGUCUUCAUACUUAACUUUAAUUUUACCUUUAGUGAUACGAAUUUGUUUACAGACGGAACAGAAAAUCUCUUCAAUCAAUUUCUGACCUAGAACUUUUUACCAAUGGAAAAGGGACGAUUUUUUCGAAGUUUAACCUCCAAAUAUAAAUGAAAAUCAUCAUGCCAAAUUCGACACAUACCAGUACCUACCUACCCUAAGGUGCUCAUGGCGCUUCAAGAAAUUAUAUGUAAAAUGGAAACGAAAUUGUAAUAUAAAUUCUUCUGAAUAUGAGUUAUGAUUACAGUUUAUGAGGUAAGAACAUAUUUUGUUUCACACCCUUUUUUCUUUUGGUUCCAACUCACUUAUUGCUAUUUUCACCAGUGAAUGAGUGAUAAUAUGAACAUUAGCUGUAUUUUACAAGGUAACGUUUAUUUUACAAUAAUUACAAUUCAUUUCAUACGUUGUUUAUUCUGUUCGAAAUCCUAUUUUGCUAGCCAUACCUGUUUCUUGGCGCUGGUGUAUGCACAUCAUAGAUUACGUUUUGAAGUUUUAAAUGAAUACUCAUGUGUCAUACUUCCACGAAGAUACUAUCAUAGAUCAUUCGCAUAUUUUAAGAUGAAAUAGCAUUUGAAUAUUUUCCUAUUUUGACUUGAUUAUUAAUGAUGGAAAAUAUAAGGUUUGGUGUUAUUUAUUUAUUAUUUUCAAUAAAUGCAAAGAUAUCCGAAAAAAUAA